AUUAAUACAGUGACAAUAAUAUAACGGCAGAUGGAAGAUGUAGAAUCAACGUAUUUCAUUUGCAUGUUGUUUCUGGCCACCAGACACGUGUCACAACGAAUUUUAAGAUUUCAUAUUAAUGACCACGCACCUACCAUGAAUUUCUUUUAUAAACUUCCCAGUUGACAACUAGGCAGUAGGCACCUAGUUAUUGUGUCCUUAUAUUUCUAGACCAUAACCUUUCAAGUCAACUGAGUAAAAACGCGCCGAUCAAUGACGACCAUCAAGGUGCCUGUUCUUUUUAAAUAUUUUAAAAUUCUGAUCUACACGGAACUUACUAAUUCCUUAAAUUUUAUAAUCCGCCAUGUCGGACUAUAACAAGAUUAUUACUGAUGCUAAAUUACUCAUAGCAUUAUGGGAAAACACUCCUACGAACGUAAUGAGAUCGAAUAUAAGAUCCUGUAUCGAAAAUGGUGCAGAUGUUAAUGUGAAAUUCCUUAACAAUGGAAACAACACCCCGCUACACAUAGCUGUAACAAAAGGUGAUAGAGAACUAGUAAACACACUGCUCCAAUAUGGCGCGAGAGGAGGCAUCGCGAAUGAUGAAGGUAAAACCGCUAUACAGCUCGCGAGGGAACUUUCACGUUCCGAUAUUGAAGAAAUACUCUUAGCAUGCGAAGAAUCAACUGAUAAGGAAGAUGCGACACCCGUAAUUGAAGACGGAGUAACUUCCGCUGCUGUGUCUACAUAUAAAAAACGGCCCGGGACAGCAAACGUGCGCGGACAAUUGUACGAGACGAAGUUACUCACACUCAUCUACCUGAGAGCCACAAGAUGCAGACUCGUCACACAAUUCUACAUGGGCACCAACGUCGACGAGAUCGGAGACAUGGACGACGUGUGUCUCAGACUUAAAACUAUAAAUGAUGAUUAUGUCAUAUUCUUGCAAGCAAAGCACAAGGAUAAUGUCGAGAAAGGCAGAGUAGCAAUUGAGGAUUUGUGGCGAGCGAGUAGCGAUUUUAGUUUGCUGAAAUAUUUUUCCAGUUAUAAAAAAAUACGAAACAAAUUUCACCCCGAUUCCGAAGACGAUCUAUUUCGGGGUCGAUAUGAAGAUGUGAAGCGUUUUUAUAUAAUGUAUACUACAGUCAAAGACGAGAUAGAAUGUAUUCAUAAGAAUUUAGUCCCUAACGAUGAGGUGACAGACUUAUUAGGAACAGGCGAAUAUCAAAGUAUAUUCCAGCUAAAGUCCAACGAACAAUGCCUAGAGAUAUUAACCAGAGCAGUAAUAAUAGAACGCAUAAAAAAUAUGGGAAAACAACUUUUUGAAUUUAUAAACGACAACAAACCCAAUCAAAUGUUAUGCGAUGAGAACGUACGCAAGUUCCAUGUUGUGCUCGCGCGGAAGGUAUUUCAAGUGUCCGAAAUGAAUGCAGAAGGAUACCGUACCGGCAAAUUCCGUGAAGAAUUCUUUUCUUCAAAUGAAGAACUGCUAAUUAUACUCAAAGAAACGUUAUAUGAAGAAGCUACAAAGAAAAAUAGGCUAAGCAGAGAUGAUACUUAUGUUUCAAUAUUCAGAGCGUCAAUGCAGCCUGAAGCAAAGACAAUUUCCAAUCUGAUAGGGAACAUUCUCACAUACGAUAAGAAUAAUAAUAAUCUCAAAGUAAAUGACGAACAAAACGAGAAAUUUUCCGAUUUACAAUAUCUGUUUGAUUCUAUUCAAUUAUCCCAAUCCGAUAUUAAUGAAGCACUUGAAAUUGCGGGGCAACGAAAGCUCUGUUCCUUAACAUUUAAUCUUCCUGCUGCGUUUGGUAACCUAGACAUGACUGUAACUGUAAAUAAGAAAAGAGCUGAAAAGAGACUAGAGUUCUUGGCUAAUAAGAUAUCCGACGUCAUGAAAGAGUCAGCCGACGCGGAGGGGAAUGUAGUGCUUCGUGAGGGAGUGUAUGCUGCUGACAAGCGGCUGGAGCCGGGAGUGCUGGCAAUCAACGGAGGUAUCGCAGGCGCGGUCGGUAACCUCUUUGUUCCGGAUGAUGAAAAUAAAUUAAAAUUCAACUUGGACGUCGACACGUUGGGUGAGAACGCCAAAACUAUGCUCCUGAAACUAAAGGACCGACACAUUGAUUUACACAAGUACCGAUUCAUAAUUGAAAUUGAGGAUUUCCCAAGACUCUCUUUACAUGCUACGGAAAGUGAAAUAAGGUUUGUAAUGGACUUUUUAGACAACCUAUAUUUCUACACGUGUCAGGCGAAAGAAUGUCAAGUAGAAGCAAUAGGAGUGAAAGAACUUCAAGCGCAUGAGUUCAGCGAAAGUUUAAGUAAAGCGGAAUCGCAAAUCAAAUCUAAAUCUUUGUUUCUGAUAAUGCAUAAUGAAAUCCAGAAAUGGUGGAUGAUAGAUGUAAUAGUCCCCUAUCUGACUCGAAACACGUACAAAAAUGUAUUCCGUGACUUAAGAAAUAAAGGAAUAUUCUCAUUCCUGAACAAUGUUUACAUGAAGGAGAUAAACAAUGUCGACUUAGAAUUUGUGCCGGACGCAGUUGAAGUGCUGUCUGUUUGUGAACGCGACACUCGCUACACGAUGAUGAUCGUUAUCCACACAGAUGUGCCCGUGCUAACUUGUCACAAACUAGUGCAGUUCCUCAGAGAUAAAGAAGAUUACAUAUUUUUAGACAUUGAUUACCUUUGUAGAAUGUCCCCAAGUGGGUUGAAAAUGAUAACUGAAGAACUUGCUGAAACGAAUAUUCGUAAUAUAAUCAUCACAUGCAAAGAUGUGUCUAAAUAUCACGACGUAAUUCGUGCUUGUUGUAAUAGAAAUUUAAUACUGGUAACUAGUAAUAAUAACGUUCCAAUACAGGAAUGCAUUUUCGCGAGAGACGAUAGGAUCAACUUCACUGACUUAACUGAUGAAUCGCAACUCAAACUUCUUCAAAAUAAAUUCACUUUUCAGGGCAUCGAAGUCACUUUUGAAGAAAUAUUCGAUAUAGGGAUGAAACAUUUAAUCAAUUCAAAGGUACUUGAAAAAAUUCUAAAUAAAGAAUAUAUCACUUUGGGACAAACGCUUACGAUGUCGACGUACGAAGAAAUCAAAGAUUAUUAUGUGCCAAGAAUUAUGCGGCGCAAUGAAAAAGUUUAUGGCAUCAGAAAUACCCAAGAUGACGAAUUGGACUAUGCUAUGCCAUCUAGUUCUGAAAGUGAAGAUGACCAAUUGGAGCCUUACUAUGAACGUUCAGAUUCUGAUGAAAGAUUUUCACCCUCGACCCUCAUUGAUCAUCACAUUUUUAAAAGGAAGCUAAAAAAGAGGAUUUACGAUAUUAUUCUCCUCAUAGACGCUCCUGGCAUGGGUAAAUCCACUCUGCUAACACAUUUGUCACUGGAGACAAAAGAACGAUAUCCAAAUAUAUGGAUUCAGAGAAUAAAUCUGAUCGAUCACACAAAACAGUUUCACGAAUGGCACGAGAAACAAGUAGAAGUAGACAGUGAGGAAGCUUUGAAAUUCGUGUGUAAAGCAGUACUGUCUAAAGUAUCGUCCCAAGGCAAUGUUCGCAUUUUCCAUGAUGUCAAUUUAGAAAUCGUUAACGACGAAAUAAAACACAUCAAUCGUGACCAAGAGAGCACACUGUUGGAAUUCGAGCUAAAUACUUUUUUGUAUUGCUUCAAAGAACGGCGAAUUAUAUUCCUAGUCGAUGGGUUCGAUGAAAUCUGUCCCCACUACAAAAGAGAAGUCACACAGUUAUUAAAGUUUCUGGCGAGUCAGAGUACCAUAAGCGACAUGCCAGUAAAAGAAUGUGAUCAGAAACCUUCCGCGCGGUGUGUCUGGAUCACCAGCCGCCCGUACAAUGACUUGAGGGAAACACUGGAAACUGAAUUUGGAGAGUCUUACACGCUCCAAUCAUUCACUUACAAAAAUAUUUGCAUAUAUUUGGACAAGUACAUGAGGCGGAAUUUAGACCUAAAUGCUUUGACUAGUGCACAGUUAAGAAAUAUUAACGGAUUUUUCGAAUACAUGAAACAAUUCGAUUUACACUACGUUGAAUCCGCAAAAGACGUUGGACUUGUUAAUAUACCGCUGCAUAGUGUGUACGCCGCUGCGAUGGAAUAUUUUAAAAGUGAAAUAAAGCGGUCGCAUGUGUGUGACGAAAACUUAGUGUACGUUAAAGAAUGGGAUGUCGAAAUAAACAAACUGAUGGCGUGGCGAACGCAUCUGUACAAUUACGAGAGGUUUAAUGAUGUCAUCACGCUGUCCGGGGUGCCGCUGCACGUGUACAUCGCUGUCCAAUACUUUCAGAGCCAAGUCAAAGAUACAACUCUCACAGACCCCGAGCAGCUCAUACAGCAAUGGGACCUGGACACGAAUGCGUUUGCAUUUUACGAGCGCUUUACAGAAAUGAAAUUAAAAACAAUACGUUUUGAAGAAAAGAAUCGUAUGGACAUGUAUAACCCUGACGUGAAAAUUACCUAUGAGAAGGAGAAAAAAGAUUUUUUGGACAAACACAAGAAAUUGGCGUUCUACAGCGUGGGUGUCGAAGCAGUGUUCUCGCAGGACGAGUUGAAUGAGAUUAAAACUAUCAUCAAAGCGAUGAAAAUCGGUGAAGACAAGACGGGGCUGAUAGACAGAAUAGUUAACGAUAGACCUAGAUUUGUUCAUUACACCUUCGCUGAAUAUUUUGCAGUGGAAUUUAUUGUUGAUAGUCUAAAAUCCACCGACGUUGAUAAACAACAACGAAUGAUGCGUUAUGUACUGGACAAUAUGAUGGUUUGGGCAACAAUGGGUAUUUAUAAUAUAUUCGAUCUCAAAAUUAAAUUAGACCCUGUGUUCACGAAUGCGAUGAGUUCUCCCCACAUGAGUAACUUCAUUUUUGAAAAUUUGAUUGACCAAAGCAAUGCAGAACUUCCUUACCAAGUACACGAGGUCUACAUGGGCAAUCCGGAUGACCUUAUAAACACAGCCUUGGACAAAGCGUUCGAGCAUGGUAUGACACAGUUCGCCACGUUAUUAUUAAAUAUUCUUACUAAUACAGCAGACGAGAUUAGCUUUACUGAUGUUAUGAGUUACAUAAAAAAGGGGCCGCUCUUUAAGAAACUUAUAGUUUCGAACCGUGAUGAUCUUGUGGGUAAAAUAUUGGAUUUUAUAAGGAGAUUUGAUCGUUCAAGAAUCGAUGAUAUAUUUCCAUAUUCAUGUUUUGAUAACCAUGUACAUUCUCAAAGCUCUAACGAGGAAUUUAUCGAAGCUUACCAUCAAAAAUUAUUCGAAGAGCAACAAUUCAAAAUUAUGUCCGCUCGGCGGAAUAGGCAUAUGAGUAUUGAUCGGUAUUAGUUUCCUGUAUCCGCUCGGUGUAAAAAUUGUUCGUUAACCACGUGCGGGCUUCUGAUUAGGUAUUAUAAGUGACAGGUUCCUCGUAGACUUGUGUACGGUGUCACGUACAUUUUUAUUGUAUACUAUUUAAAAUGGACUGCCUCGGUGGCGUAGUUGUAUUGCACGUCCGGUACAAUAGCGCUCUGAGGUCCUGGGUUCGAAUCCCGGGACGGGCAAAGUGAUAUUUGGGUUUUUCUG